CCACCUUACUCGGGCGCGCAGUUGCAGGAAAGGAUGUCCAUAGCGGGGGUGAGCGAGUGUCCGGGGAAGGCCGGCCAAUACCGGGUGGAUCACCUCUUGAGCGCCGUGCAAAGUGAGCUGCAGGCCGGCAGUGAGAAGGGCGACCCCACGGAGAGGGAGCUGAAGCUAUCUCUGGAUGAGAGCGAACUUUGGGGCAAAUUUAAGGAUCUUACGAACGAGAUGAUUGUGACAAAAAAUGGCAGACGCAUGUUUCCCGUGAUGAAAGUCAACGUGUCAGGACUGGACCCGAACGCCAUGUAUUCUUUCUUGCUGGACUUUGUAUCCGCGGACAACCACAGGUGGAAGUACGUGAGCGGGGAGUGGGUACCCGGGGGGAAACCAGAACCUCAGACCCCUAGCUGUGUCUACAUCCACCCGGACUCACCAAACUUCGGCGCACACUGGAUGAAAGCGCCAGUCUCUUUUAGCAAAGUCAAACUCACCAAUAAACUAAACGGUGGUGGUCAAAUCAUGUUAAACUCCUUACACAAGUACGAGCCACGCAUCCACAUCGUGCGUGUUGGAGGCCCACGUAGGAUGGUCACCAGUCAUUCUUUCCCAGAGACCCAAUUUAUUGCCGUGACAGCAUACCAAAAUGAAGAGAUAACUGCUUUAAAAAUAAAGCACAACCCCUUUGCCAAGGCCUUCCUGGAUGCAAAGGAAAGAUGUGAUGACAAAGAUAUUAAGGAUGAAACAAUUGAACACCAGCAGUCAACGUACUCACCGUUAGGUGGUUGGUUUCUGCCUGCAUCAGGCUCCCUCUGCCCUCCUGCAACUGCAAGUCCCCAUAGUCAAUUUGGAAGCCCCAUCGCCCUCUCGCCGUCCCACGGAUGUGAGCGCUAUUCCACGCUCAGGACCCACCGCUCAGCACCCUACAGCGCCUCUUCUUACAGCCAUCGGACUAACUCGCCCACAGGUUACACUGAUAACUCCUCAGCAUGUCUGCCAAUGCUGUCUAGUCAAGACAACUGGUGUGGUCUCCAGAUGCCAACACACUCCAGCAUGAUGUCCAUGACCCACAAUUCAACCUCAGCUACCAACUCUAGUCAGUACACCAGCCUAUGGUCUAUGAGCAAUACACCGCUGACCCCAGUCACCCCGGUGUCCCACCACUCUGGGGGAAUCAUGAACACCAACAACAACAAUCUAAGCUCCCAGUUCCUGAGAGGGUCCGGCAGUCACUAUCCCAACCUUGCUCACUCGGUCCCAGCGCCCUCCACUGGCUCGCCGAUGUAUGACAGCAGCACCAGCACCACGGAGGGGCACGACUCAGCUCAGUAUGAUGCCUCUCUGCAGCGACAUUCUCCAGCCUGGACUCCUGCCACGCUCCCCUCCAUGUGAUGGAGUACCUACAGUUCAAUGUUUUCUUUUCUUAAUGCCAAGACUUUUUUGAAAUGACAUUUCCCGAGGCUCAAGGAGAUGAAUUUGACAUCUUCAGAUGUUAAUAUCUGAUUUUGUUUGUUACUAAGAGAAAUCAGCAGGUGAGGUUCUGUGCUUUUAAAUCGGAAACAAGAUCUGUAAUUAAUAUAUUUAUGAUCAUUAGCAUAACUGAAUGUUUAUCAUAUUGUUGGAAGUCCAAUUCAGUUUUCAAUGCGCUUAUAUUAAGCGCAAUUCCAUGAUGAAGUACGAUUACAGUUCUAAAAGGGUUCAAAAAUUGACUAUAGUGCAAAUAGGCAAGGGACUUGCAUACUUUAAACAGCUUUUUACGCAAAUACUAAAACAUAAUAGAGAAAUUCUUCAAAUGUCAAAAUGUAAGGAAAACUGCAUCCAAUGUCAGGUGGGGAUGGCAUUUCAAGUUUCGCUCAGAAUUUUCCUUAGAUAUUAACAUCACAAUACGAUGCACCUCCUUAGGCAAACCAACUCCACUUAUGAAAAACAUACUUGGAAACUAAUCAAUACUUAAACACUAUAUAUUUACCCUAUACUACACUGCUAUAUGACAACACCAAACCUGCAACCUAAGUUUUCUGAUUGUAAAUGUGUCAGAAGUUUCAUAUUUGGGAUAAAACUGUCAACAAAAAAGUGUGCCAUCAGUGAUUACUGAUUUGCAGAAAAUUUAUUAACUUUGCUACAAAAUGUUAGAAUGAGGAUAAAUCUGCCAAAAUCAUGCAGGGUCAUGGUUUACCUGGGAAAAUAUAUUAACUAUGAUAUGCUUAUUGACAAUCUGACUUGUGAUGUUCACAUUUGUAUAUAACUGACAGGUCGGUGUGAUAUGCUUGUUUUUCCACAAUGUUUUCAUGGAAAUAUUUUUUGUCUUUCUAAGUAGUGUCACUGAUUGGUUUGGAAAAAGUGCAUGGUUCCACUGUAUGAUGACCAUUUUGGAAAACAAUUUUGGACAUGUCAUAUGAAAAUCAUGAUGGACACAUUAUUAGGUCUGCAUAGUUACUGUUCAUUGGUUUUGAACUGCACUCCAUCAUACAGGCAUCUAGUAUUUUAGUAACAGGGAAACGUAUUUAAAAAUAUUUGUUGGCAAUAACGCAAGGCAUUUCUACACCACAGCAAUAAUUCUCACAGUGUCAAUCAAAAUGGAGA